CAUGCUCUUGAGCAGCUGACAUACUCUGACAUUCUUUAUUUGUUUUGUUUUUAGCUUUCUGCACAUCCACUUUGGAAACCCACUCUCCUUUUUCUACGAUGGCUGCGAUUGGAAACCGAGGAACAGUGACUGAGGCAUCUGGUUUCGACCCAGAAGCAGAUGCCCAGAGGCUCAGAGGAGCCAUGAAGGGAGCUGGCACUGAUGAGAUGGCAGUCAUCGACGUCCUCUCACACCGUACUAUUGCCCAGCGGCAGCGCAUCAAAGAGGCCUUCAAACAAGCAGUCGGGAAGGACCUGGCUGAGGAACUGUCCUCCGAGCUCAGUGGGAACUUCCGGACUGUGGUCCUAGGUCUGCUAAUGCUGGGCCCUGUGUACGACGCCUACGAGCUGAGAACUGCGAUGAAGGGGGCUGGGACAGAGGAGGCCUGUCUCAUCGAUAUUCUCGCUUCAAGGACAAAUUCUGAAAUAAAAACCAUCAAUGCCUUCUUCAAGAAAGAACAUGGGAAAGACCUGGAAGAUGUUGUGUGUGGAGACACAUCUGGAAUGUUCCAGAGAGUCUUGGUCUCUUUACUCACAGCAGGACGGGAUGAGGGUGAUAAAGUGGACGAGGCCCAGGCUGUUCUAGACGCCAAGGAAAUCUAUGAGGCCGGUGAGGCUCGAUGGGGCACAGACGAGGUGAAAUUUCUCACAGUGCUUUGUGUGAGGAACCGAAACCAUCUGAUGCGAGUGUUCGAGGAGUAUCAGAAGAUUUCUGGAAGAGACAUCGAGGACAGCAUCAAGAGGGAGAUGUCUGGCUGUCUGGAGGACGUCUUCCUGGCCAUAGUGAAAUGCAUGAGGAACAAACCAGCGUUCUUUGCAGAGCGAUUAUACAAAUCAAUGAAGCUAGAUUGA